GGAGGACAGGUUGUGUGAGACGUGUGUUCCUCUUGCACAAGCGCCCCCGUGUUGCGUAGUCUGGGAAAACUGACGUGGUUCGGAGCCGAGCGGUCAGGGCGACAGCUGCGUGUGUGUGCGAGUGUGACAGUGACAGAGUUGCGGCGGGGCAGAUCAGAAAAGUCCCCGUGGCUGCUCUCCGCCGGCGCCCGCGCACUCUUUCCUCGGUCCGCCACAAGACUGGCGACACGCUCUGAACCUGGUCGGCUGGCCGCGCGUGACCCGAGGACCCCCUACUUUAUCCGGGCUGCGCUGGCGGAAACGGUGAAGCUGAAACUACAUUCAUUGACUUCAGAGCGAUGAACUGGCAGUAUGGCCAAGUGGUUCAAGGAGCACCUAGGAUUCAAAACUACCAAAGCACCCCCUCCGGCGCCACCAAAACCGGACUACAGACACUGUCACACCGGUGUGCCCGGAGCGCCUGGCUUCCAGCAAACUGGCACCGGGGCUACUUUUCAGAGUCCAGCUCAGCCGGACAUCCUCGCUGCUUACAAACUACAAAAGGAGUUGGACUUCGAGGACCCGUACACUACGGGUGGAAAUAUUUCUUUCGGUUCGAGCUUGAACACUGUGGUCCCGUCGGAUAACAAAUUUGUGUCGCCGAAGCACCGACUUAUUAAGGUGGAAACUAUCGAAAAGAGCAGCCCAGCUCCGGGCGGGGGCGUCACAGUCACCCAAGCCGUAGCUGUGGGGAGCGUUAAGUCUCCUACUUCUUCACCUCCUUUGGAACAAGACAACAAGGAAAAGCUGAUUAUCCUCGAAGACUACGCUGACCCUUUCGAUGCAGAGCAGGCCGGUGGUGCUCAGACCACAACUGAAAAAGUUGCAACUGAAAACGAUGGUUACAUGGAGCCAUAUGAGGCUCAGAAGAUGAUGGCAGAGAUCAGAUCUGGCAGUCGAGGCUCUAAGGAUGGAUCUGUCAGGCAGCUGCCCCUUUAUGACACGCCAUAUGAGCCAACGGAAAACGGCGGCGACUCCGACCCCGAGCGCUUACGCUGCCCCAGGGAGAGCCGACUCCCCCAGGAUGACGAGCGACCCCCGGAAGAGUACGACCAACCGUGGGAGUGGAAGAAGGAGAGGAUUUCCAAAGCCUUUGCAGUAGAGAUUAAAGUGAUCAAGGACCUACCAUGGCCGCCUCCUGUUGGCCAACUCAACACCAGCCCUCCCCUGGCGGAGGAGCUCGAGUCUCCUUCCCAGACAGCUCAGCCGUCGCCCGGACCGACGAGCUGUGACCAGCACCACCAUGUUCAGUUUGAUGGAGUGGAAAAGUCUCGAAUGUCACCCACCAAGGAUGGGAAAACUCGCCCGCUGCAGCGACAUUCCAGUGGCUGUUUGGUCAACACCAAAAUGACUUCACUGGACCACAGCAGCUCCUCUCUCGGGGAACGUAUUGACCCCACGAUGCCUCUGGAAAGCCAGUUUUGGUACCACGGAGCCAUCAGCCGAACGGAUGCAGAGUCUCUGCUCAGGAUGUGCAAGGAGGCCAGCUACCUGGUUAGAAACAGCGAGACCAGCAAAAACGACUACUCCCUCUCCCUUAAGAGCAGCCAGGGCUUCAUGCACAUGAAACUGUCACGGACCAAGGAGAACAAGUACAUCCUGGGCCAGAACAGUGGCCCCUUCGACAGCGUACCUGAGAUCAUACACUUCUACUCAAGCCGCAAGCUGCCCAUUAAGGGGGCUGAACACAUGUCCCUGCUGUACCCCGUAGGCAUCAGGACACUAUAGUGCUGUGGGGCAUGUGGCAGGCGUCCAAUCCAACGCAGGACUCACUGGGCCCGUCCUCAUGCCUCUGCGCUUCCCUUCCGUCUGGGCUGAAAUUACGGGAUUAUGAACAUCAGCAUUCGAAACUGCUGAUUCUGACUCACCUCACUGGCUGACGGAUUCCAAACGGGUUUCGAAGGCCACUUUCAUACUAUCUCAUACAAACAGACUCAAUAUUCCAGAUGUUUUUAUUACUUUGUUGUGUUUUAUUUAUGCGGACGUACUCAUAUCGCAUUGGAGACUGAUUAUCUGAUGAGCGUCAUUUCAGUAAUUGUUGAGCUGAGAGCUCGUAGCACUUAACACUCAAAGAAAAGAGAGGUACAACACAUCAUUGGUCACUAGGGUCAGUCUUUUCUCCUAAACUAUUGUACCUGUUCCAGCUGUUUGAGCAUCUCAUUUGGAUAGGCACUGUUGUUGCUUUAGUUUUAUUUCAAAGGGGACUUGAAGAGAAAACAAGGGUGACAACAUUUAUGAUGCCUGUUGCACAAUAUUUUCACGCAGACCUUGCGCAACAACCCAGAUAUUGAAUAACGUGACCGGGUAUGAAUCCCCAGCUGCGGGUAAACAACAGGCCUGUGAGCUGAGCAGACUGAUAUCUCUAUGUUGUCGUAGUGCAUGUUGUCUGCUAUCCAUCACUGAGUGGGUGUAUCACGCCAGUGACAAUGUAAGUACCACGAUGGUGAGACAGGCAGGAAAAGCAUGAUGGAUGGGUCAACUAAACUGACACAGUAAAAUUGGCCAAGGCUGGAGACUGGAGCCUGUCCAAAUGGACCAAAUUAUCCCCCCUACCCCUGCGUGGAAUGGCUUUGCAUGGGGGAGAAUGAAAUAUGCCUGCAUUGUCUACCUCAAAAAAUCAAUUUCAUUCCCCCAUCUGCAGAUCAAUAGGUACAACAGGAUUGUAGACAUCGAUCUGCUCUCCCUGUGACAUUCCCAAUCACCUUAAAACUGUGUCAUUGGUUUUAGGAACAUAUUUUUUUUUUCUUUAUAAAAAUGAUCAGAAUUAUAAGAACAAGCCUUUUUGUUUCAGAUCAGGAACUGUAUGUAUCGUCACUGUUAUAAAUACUAUGUGAUGUUAGUAACAAAUGUUUGCUUAAUGCCUUAUAAUGCAUGGGGUCAAAUAAGUCAGCUUAGAUCAGCUAAUUUCCCAAUCCUGCUUUCAGCGAUUGUUCUGUGACUGUUAUUUAUUCUGGGUAAUUAUUACCGAUGUUUUUUCUGCUUCAACCUGCUCACCCUCCUUGUUCUGACGAAAUCUUGGGGUUUUUAGGAACUUUGCUUUUUUUGUUGUUGUCUUGUUCAGCUAAGUACACGCUUGCCUCUGAGACACAUGUCCAACAAGGUUGUCAAGCACUCACCCACCCACCCAGCCGACACAUCAAUCACAGCCCUGCCUGUCCGAACCAUUUGAACACCUUCCUUCAGCCGAUCAUGCUACCACUUUGCAUUAAAACCUUCAGAUGUCCAUCUGCACACUGUUUGAAUGCUUAAGAGAAUGUGUUCACAUUCAGUCUAGCCCUGCUGAGACCUUAUUACUGCUUGUGCUCAAACUUUUCUGGAUGUUAGCUCUUUGUUUCACCUCUAAAUUCUAAAAAGAAGCAUUUAAGGUGAUUUUUUUUUUUUUUUUUUUACUUUUGUUCUGUAUCUUUUUAGCACCACAAAGCAGCACUGUUAGGAUUUUGGUUCAAUCUUUCUACGUUGUCCCAAACCAAUAAUCAUUCUUAUGACUGAUGAAAUGGAUUUAAAUCCAUUUGAUCUGUUAAAGCGUGACAUCAUAAAUGCAGUCUAAUACUCAUGUUUCAAAUACUGUACAGUGCUUUAAUGAGUACGUAACAGCAAAAUGGUUUAGGCUGGAAAUGACACAAGAUAUCUGAAACUAUUUAUUUUAAAAGUGAAAUACAUUUUGGCUUUCACCAUUACUCCUGCUGUGUGCUAUGCAACUGUAAACUGCAGUAAUUAAAAGGGGAAACUGGGUGGAGUUUGUGCCUCAGUGAAAAGCUUAUGAUGGUACAAUAGGUCCGGCAGGAGGAGGAGGAGACGUAAUCGGAAGAGUGACCCGGUUAGAGGCGUAGGAAGUGGGCAGACAGACAUUGCAUUCUGAGGGUGUCUCUUUGUGCUUUAAUGAGGAAUAGUAUGUUGUCAUUGUGGACCUGUGUUCUCUUGAGAGAAGAUAUCUGAUAGAAAGCUAAUUUUAAAAUAAACUAUGUAUCGUGUCUUUUUUGUCGCGAAUGUUCAGGGGUUAGCAGAUAUGAUUAUGAUAGAAGUGGCUCUUUAUUAAGUUCCUGCUGCUGAUGAGUACUACUCUACUAAAGGAAAGAGCCCAUGUAUGAUGGCAGCACUGCCUGCUGAGAGGCCUUAGCUUUGGGAAAAAGGAAACUAGACUUGUAGUGGAAGAGUGCAAGGGAGUCGGAGGGAAGGGAGUUGUGACGAGGGGAAAGAAUGUGCUGCAGUCAGCAGAGACAUUCUUAACAUCCUUGUAUUUCUAUUAUGGAAACCUUAAAGAGCCCCUCUCUCCAUCGGAAGUGUCUUAAAGGUUAUGUGUGUGUGUGUUGAAAAGCUGUUGUGCAUGCAUAAAGCCAUGAACUGGGUGUGUGAAUGCGCGUGUGUGGCUGCAUACAUCAGCCAUUGACUCGCCCCGGGUCUUCUCUUGUGUUAUUGCUUUAUCGUGGUAACGUGGCAUGUCUGAGUUUUCCUUGUGUACAUUUUCGUGCCACGUAUGUAUGCACUAGUGUAACGCAUCUCUGUAAAGUCCCUCAUGGCCAAAUGUAUAUACUGAAUGUAUUAAAUGGGGACGUAGAGGCAUCAUGGUGCAAAAUAAAUAAAGUUGGGUUUAUGAGUUUAA